AUGGUCAAGCACCAGCGGCGGCGCGCGACGACGACGAAGGUCAAGCGCAAGGCGGACAAGAAGUUUUUCAAGAAGGUGCAGCACGACGACGCCGAGGUCGCGAAGCACUGGGACUUCCGCAAGACGCGGGAGCACAACAUGAAGCGCCUGGGCCUCGCCCACGACGUGAACCGCGCCGUCGGCAAGCUGCCCGGCGCGGCGCCGGCCGGCGAGCGCGUGGACCAGGCCGUCGAGCUCGAGUUCGUCGACAUCCCGCAGCAGGCCGACCUCACGAAGAUCGGCACGAACGACCGCCGGCCGCCCAUGUCCGAGGACAAGCAGGCCUACAUCGUCAAGCUCAUGGCCAAGUACGGCGACGACUGCGCGAAGAUGGCCCGCGACGUGAAGCGCAACCCCCAGCAGCUCACGGAGGCCAAGCUCCGGAAGAUGGUCGCGAAGUACGACGGCCUCAGCGACAAGCACCGCCUCGUCGCGCGGCGAUAG